AUGGAGUUAGGCAAUGUAUACAAAAUUAUGAGAAUAUUAUGAGAAUAAGAGCAUCUAGAGACGUAUUGGGUUCACGAAGUCCUGGUUUAAUUAUAAAUGUACCCAAAAGCAAGUAUAAAUAUUUGUUUAAGAGAAUUUAUUUGUCAGGAUGCUUUAAAUGUAUUAAAUAA